AUGUUUAGAGAUGCUCACAACCGUGACGAUCGAAGCCAGUCAUCUCGUUUACCAUCUCCAGUACGUCAAUCAGUUUCAAAAUAUGUUGGUAUUGGUUUAACAGAAGCGUCAGUUUCACUUGAUCAUCCAUCUACACCAGUAUUAUCAACCAAAUUAACAUCAUUAGUUCAAACAGAACGUCGAAAGAAUCGCCCUGAAAUCUUCUCAGUUUACGAUUUUCCUAAAUGGUGUAACGAUCACCAAGAUGGUACUGUGCCACAUUCGACGAUUGUACCGUUCUAUUAUUGUAAUGACGUUAACGAUUUGUUUGAAGAAAGUACAUUACUUACUUGUUUAUUCUAUUAUUUAAUCGAAGAAACUAAUAUUGAAGAUUAUUUAAAUAAUUACAACGAUGAUUUAACAGAAAAAUAUAAAGAUUUGAAAAAUAGACUUCAAAAUAAACCAGUUGAAGAGAAACAAUUUAAUGAAGUAUUUAAUGAAAAAUUUAAAAUAAAAUUCAAAUCAUUAGAUAUAUUCAAUAUGUCAAUUGAACAAAAUGAUAAUAAGCAAAAUCAUUUUAAUUUACUUAAUAGGUUAAAAGAAGAAAUUAUUCAAAGUUUAAAUUAUUAUAAUAAUAUUUCACCUAAAUCAGAAAUAAGAAAGAAAUUAAAUGAAAUUAUUUCAUCAAUUGAUGAUCUUGAUACUAAAUUUAAACAAAUAAUAUCAUCCAACUGUUUUGAUAUUAAUUUGGAAUUCAAAGAUAUCAAAGAAAAACAAGAAUUUUAUCAAUAUUUAAAAGAAAACAAUACAAAUGAUAUUCUUAUUCAACUUCUUUUAAUUAUUGAAGAUUCAUUAACACAACCUAAAAUCUGUCUUCAAGAUUCGAUUUGA